GUGGUUGGCGCCGGCGUCGAGCACGCGAGAUGAGCCAGGAGUCGAGGCGCAUGUACAAGAGCCGCACCCCGUCAUCUACCUACAACGCGAGUCACAGAAGCGAGCUGGACCAUACCAGCAUCGAGACUUGCAGCUGUCGGCUCGUCCUUGAUCGCUUGCUAGAUCGCUCGUUGUUCCUGUUGUUGGAUGAAACAGUGGAGACAGCGUGAACCUUGCCCUAACCCUGGUCUCCUGGUUCUACCUCUCAUGCAAGAGACUUCGAGUAUAUGUAGGUUUCUGCUUUACCUCUGUCUUCUUCUUUCCAAGAUCAUUGCAACCUUCGCACCUGUACGUUCUUUUUCACACGGUCUGUGACCACCCACAUUCAUUUCUUCUUUCGACACAUAGCACUGGGUGCUUUUUAAAUCCAUUCGUUCUCUGAUCAUCGAAUUUUCAACUUUCAAAUUUUCCAAUAUUCAAAAUGAAGUACACCACCACCGCUCUCGCCGUUGCCGGUAUGGCCGCCACUGUCCGUGGUCACGGUUUCCUCAGUUCUCCCAAGGCUCGUAUGCCUGGUACCACUUUUCAGGCUGCUUGUGGCCAGCAGGUUUACUACAACCAGGCUGGUGACAACUAUGGUAACAUUCAGGGCGAACUUCAGGUUGCCAAGACCCAGACCGACUACAAGGCCGCUGAGUGUGAUGUUUGGCUCUGUAAGGGCUUCAAGUACGAGGACAACAAGGACCUCGUACAGACCUACACCCCCGGUCAAAAGGUUCCCAUCACGUUUGAUAUCCGCGCUCCUCAUACCGGUACCGCCAACGUCUCAAUCGUCGACACUACUACCAACACCAUCAUUGGUGCUCCUCUGAUCUCCUGGGACGUCUACGCAUCCACUGCUUCGAGCAUCCCUGCCAACGAGACUUCGUUUGACAUUACCAUCCCCGAGGACCUUGGUAGCAAGUGCUCCACUGCUGGUGCUUGUGUUAUCCAGCACUGGUGGGACUCUAGAGAGGUUGAUCAGACUUACGAGUCUUGCAUCGAUUUCACUGUCAGCGGAUCUGGCUCUGGUGCUGCACCUGCCAGCUCCAAGGCCGCUUCAUCUAAGCCUGCCUCCAGCGCCGUUGCCUCCUCGAGCGCUGCCCCCGUCGUCUCCUCCAGCGCUGCUCCCGUCACCACUAACGUCGCUAAGGUCACCUCUUCUUCGAGCGUUGUUGCUAAGGCCCCUGUGACCUCCACUAAGGCUGCUGCUUCCUCUGUCAAACCUACCACCAUGGCCACCGUCGUCAAGUCUAGCAGCGCUGCUCCUGCAUCUUCCGGAUCUGCUAGCGGCACCGUCGCUGCCUAUGGACAGUGUGGUGGUAAGAGCUACACCGGUGCCACCCAGUGUGCUUCGGGAUACACUUGCAAGGUCCAGAACGACUACUACUCCCAGUGCAUCGCUGGUUCCGCCAAGGUGUAAACCUGAGCGACGCCGUUAAGGCUAUCAGCACCGGCGUCCCUUCAGCAGCUCUCACUGCCACCGCAACUGGAGCUGCACCUACCGGUACUGCCAAGCCUAUCCCUGAGGGCUUCACUCUCAAGGACGGCCUCGACUGGAUCAACUACAUUGUUAGCAACGCUGGCCAGCAAUAAAGGACAAACAUGAUUAUCGCGUGUUCAUUUAUCUAGUCUUUUGAGUUUGC